GACGCGGCGGGCACGGGGUGCGGGCAGCGCUGCAGCCGUGACCCUCGCGGCCCGCCGCUGCCCGUCGGCGCCCUUGGCGCCCUGUCGCGCUCCGUGCGGCACACCGGGCUGUCUCCCGCCGCAGCCGCCCGGCGCUGGCCAUGGGCUGGCCGGGGGCGCCGGGGGGCGUCGGGCCGGCGCUGCUGCCCCUGCUGCUGCCCCUGCUGCUGCCCCCGCUGCUGUUCCCGGGGCCGGCGCGCGCCUUCGGUGACGAGGAGGAGCGGCGCUGCGACCCCAUCCGCAUCUCCAUGUGCCAGAACCUGGGCUACAACGUCACCAAGAUGCCCAACCUGGUGGGGCACGAGCUGCAGACGGACGCCGAGCUGCAGCUGACGACGUUCACGCCGCUCAUCCAGUACGGCUGCUCCGGCCAGCUGCAGUUCUUCCUUUGUUCGGUGUAUGUGCCAAUGUGCACAGAGAAGAUCAACAUCCCCAUCGGGCCGUGCGGCGGUAUGUGUCUGUCAGUCAAGAGGCGCUGUGAACCCGUGCUCAAGGAGUUCGGCUUUGUCUGGCCAGAGAGCCUCAACUGCAGCAAGUUCCCCCCCCAGAACGACCACAACCACAUGUGCAUGGAAGGGCCGGGGGACGAGGAGGUUCCCCUCGCACACAAAACCCCCAUCCAGACGGGGGAGGAGUGCCCCUCUGCAGGGACUAGCUCUGACCAGUACAUCUGGGUUAAGCGGAGCCUGAACUGCGUCCUCAAGUGUGGCUAUGAUGCGGGCCUGUACAGCCGCUCCGCCAAGGAGUUCACUGACGUCUGGAUGGCAGUAUGGGCCAGCCUCUGCUUCCUCUCUACCGCCUUCACCGUACUCACCUUCCUCAUCGAUUCCUCUCGGUUCUCCUACCCCGAGCGCCCCAUCAUAUUCCUCAGUAUGUGCUAUAAUAUUUAUAGCAUUGCUUAUAUUGUCAGGCUGACCGUUGGCCGGGAAAGGAUAUCCUGCGAUUUUGAAGAGGCAGCAGAACCUGUUCUCAUCCAAGAAGGACUUAAGAAUACAGGAUGUGCAAUCAUUUUCUUGCUGAUGUACUUUUUUGGAAUGGCCAGCUCCAUUUGGUGGGUUAUUCUGACCCUCACUUGGUUUUUGGCAGCGGGACUGAAGUGGGGUCAUGAAGCUAUUGAAAUGCACAGCAGUUACUUCCACAUUGCUGCCUGGGCCAUCCCUGCCGUGAAGACCAUUGUCAUCCUGAUCAUGAGGUUGGUAGAUGCAGACGAGCUGACUGGACUGUGCUACGUAGGAAACCAAAACCUGGAUGCCCUGACCGGCUUUGUGGUAGCACCGCUCUUCACGUACUUGGUGAUUGGAACUUUAUUCAUCGCUGCAGGUUUGGUGGCCUUGUUUAAAAUUCGGUCAAAUCUACAAAAGGAUGGGGCAAAGACAGACAAGCUGGAGAGGCUGAUGGUGAAGAUCGGGGUCUUCUCGGUCCUGUACACUGUGCCGGCCACCUGCGUGAUCGCCUGCUAUUUCUAUGAGAUCUCCAACUGGGCUCUCUUCCGCUAUUCUGCAGAUGAUUCCAAUAUGGCUGUUGAAAUGUUGAAAAUUUUUAUGUCUCUGCUGGUGGGCAUCACUUCAGGCAUGUGGAUUUGGUCUGCCAAAACUCUUCACACGUGGCAGAAGUGUUCCAACAGAUUGGUGAAUUCUGGGAAGGUAAAGAGAGAAAAGAGAGGAAAUGGUUGGGUGAAGCCCGGGAAAGGCAAUGAAACUGUGGUAUAGAGGACAGUCCCCUCCUCACUCUCCUUGUUUCAAAGGGGUGACGCCAGCAUUUCAUUGCAGAUGCUACUAAAAAUUCCACUCAGUGAAUCUCAGUUUGAACAAACUAGCAACUUGUAGGUGACACCCAUCACCAUUGUCACUCCCUACCCUCAAUCCAGCCUCAUAAAACUAGGGAUUUUGCUGCCGACUUGGAACAAUCCCAAAUGCAAAAGCCAAUUAGAGGCUUUCGAAGCUGUGAAAAAUCAAAAUGUUGAUCACUUUAGCAGCUUGGAGCAUGAGGUCCUGCCUGGAUUCUGAAAGCUUCAGCAGUGCUGCUUCCCCUGCAGCUGGGAUUAGAACCUGAGCUGGCAGUUUGCAGGGAGAAGAAAGAUUAACUUUUUUAACCCUUUAAAAAUUUAAAUACUAACUGGGACUUUCAGAUAGCAAAGCGAUCUAUAAACACUGGAAAUGCUAGGUUCAGAGAAGUGUUAGGAGACUUUUAUAGUUUGGCUGAUCUAACAUAAACAUUUUCUGUGGCACUCUCUGCUGUUUAGAACUUUGUGAAUUGCUCUCCCAAGAGGUGGUGUCAGAACCUUUCAGUGCCUUUGUCAUAAAACAGAAUUGUUUGAACAAACAAAAGUACUGUACAAACACAUAGAGGUAUUCAGUGGGCUUUUUAUUCUCCUCACUUUUAUUCUUAAAUUUCAACAUCUCUAUUCUGGGCUGCUGCUGCUUUCUUCAUUUUAUAUUAAUGACUCAAAAGGGUAUUUUUAUAGGGUUUUUUGCACUGCAGCAUGCCUAAUGAGGGGGGAAAGGAAGGGUGAUUUCACGUUCUGACAAUCACUUAAUUUAGAAGAAAAUGAGAUUUUCCAAGUGGACUUACCUUACCAACUCCUGAGACCUAUUGCAUUGAGCAACAGGGACUUAAUAGAUUUUACUUCAUGUGAUUGCAUCUGUGCAGACGCCAGUCUGGAAGAGCUAAAAUGUUAAGUUUCUUGGCAACUUUGCAUUCACACGAUUAACUGUGUAAUUUGUGUGUGUCAAUUACAAUUAAAAGCACAUUCUUGGACCAUGACAUAAUAUACUCAACUGACUUUAAAACUGUGGUCAGUUUGCAUUCUCAAAAUGAUAGUGCCUUAUUUUCCUUUUACAUAAGAAUGUUAUCAGUGCCUGGUCUACUUGCUACCAUGGAGACUUUGUCAGUUUUGUGGAGGGGUCUAAGGGUAGGGAAGCCAAGCACCCAGUGCCGGUUAAUUGUUGCUGAGGGCUUGGCAAAGCCUCUUGUGAGAUCUCAUUUGGAGGUAGCAUGGCCUGGACUGUUUAUAUGAUGCUUAAUGGAUCUCCAGAAUGCUAGACAGAAACCUGAUUGGUUAGGGGGGAAUAAACUUGUGGGCUUAUGGACUGCAAAACUAUUGGCAGCACAGGUCUUAAUUGUGAUUUGCUUGCAGUGGUAUCCAAAGCGUUUAAACUUUGUGCUUUGUGUUUCUCUUGUGAAACUGCAGGAGAAGUACCUCUUGCCUUUUCUCCAAAGUUGCAAUUCCUUUCCGAUAGUAACUGGCCUCUUCUUUAACCUUUGAUCAUCAGAUCUCUGGGACAGAUUGGUGAAGAUAUCAUGGGCUGCUCUGCUUUAUAACUCAUACCUGUUUUUGCUUCGGCAACUACUUUGCAGUGACUCUUUUAAUUAUUUGUUCAUGCCUUUUCCCCUGCCUUCCCCCCCCCCCCCCACACACACACACCUUUGCCCUUUAAAACAGGUGGGAAAGUGCUUAUCACACUUUUUUGUGGAAAAAAUUUUUUUCCAGCGAUUCAAAAUAGGUGAUCGGGUUCUGGAAAUAAGCAUGUCCGUUUCUGUCUCUGUCUGUCUCUGUCUCUGUCUGUCUCUCUGUCCCUGUCUCCCUCUCUCUACCUCUGUUUCUUAUGUGAAUGUUUUGCCCAUGGUUUGGAAUUUUCCUUCGUUCUUUUCCCAGUUUUUGCAUGGUUCUUGAGUUGCCUGAGAUAAAGUUAUCAUUUGAGGCAAAUAUGAAGUUUGGGGCAUGUUUGGAAGGGAAAGUCUUGUGGAGGGUUGAAGCAGAAAAGAGUGGGUUUGGGUGGCCCUGGCUGUGUGUGUUGACCUCAGGGGCCUUGGCUGGGUUCUGGGCCAGGGCUCCAGGAGCAUGAGAACUGAGCCCCCGAAGGGCCAGUCGAAUUCCAUCUGCAACUCCGUUGGCGCUGACGUGUGGAGCGCGCCCUCCCUGAGCUGCUCUGCAGUGGUUCCCACACUGCUCAGGGCCUGCCCUUACUCACGCUCCAUCCAGCGUCUUGGGACUGUGCAGAGACACGGGCCAGGAAGGGGAAGGAAGGCUGUGCAGAGUCGCUGGCCUUGCCGUUGCAGUAUAGGGGUUGACCCUGUCACUUCUGUUGUGUGUGACAGGGCGUGUGUGAACAGGGUAGCCUGGCGGAGGUCUGGGCUCAGAGUAG